GUAUCUCAUAUUCCCAGUCGAAUGCCAUUUUGAAUAAAAUAACAUUUUGACGAUUGUACACAUUUAUUUCAAAUGACAACUAAUGCUCUUAUAGAUAACAGUGCAAAUGAAUUCAGCAUUUUUGUUGGUGAUCUUUCUCCAGAAGUAGAUGAUACAGCUCUAUACUUAUGUUUUGCCCUUCGAUUUCCUUCAUGCUCAGGAGCCAAAAUUAUAAGAGAUAUGAAUGGUUGCAACAAAGGUUUUGGUUUUGUCAAAUUUACUGAUGAAAGACAAAAAGACAAAGCUAUGGCAGAUAUGAAUGGUCAUUAUGGUUUAGGUUCCAAACCAAUAAAAAUCAAUCAAGCUUUCCAGCAAAAGAGAGCAGGAUAUAUACCAGAUCUAACAUACUUGCUUCACCAAUACCGACAUCAACAUGAAAGGAUGGUGCCAUUUGAUGCUGCUCUUCAUGCAGCUCAACCAAAUAAUAUCAAAACCAACGAAGCUAAUACUGGGGAGGAUGAUGACGAACUGACAAAAUUUUAUAAAAGUUUUGAAGGAUCCACUACCUCUUCAUUGGCUAAAAAGAGCGGACAAACGAAUGAACAGUCCACUACCCCAGCUAGCCAAGCAGACCCUAGUACCUCCAACGUUGUAGAUCUAAAUAUGAAUGCAGCACUAUAUAACAUGCAACAAGCACAUGCUACAAAUCCUUAUUACAACCCACCUAGUAUAAUUGCUGCAGUUCCUAAUCAGGAUUUUAAUAUUACGUCAAAUGUUAACGCCUCCGCCAUAGCCACGAAUACUGUAGACCCUGCUUUCCAAUAUUACCAUUACACACUUCAACAGCAACAAUACCAAUCUAUGCUCUUUCAACAAGCCCUUUUUCCCUCACAACUUUAUCCCAUAAUACCCGCGAAAGAUGAUCCCAACGAACUUAUCAGUUACUAUUCCAAUCCACAAAAUUACGAUCCGAAUAGCAACACAAGUCACCUCAUGAACAGCCUAGGGCUUAUAGACACUAGUGGACAACUGAUUCCUCUAGCCGGGAACGGAGUUUUGGACAAGAUCAAUGAGGAGUAUAUGACGAGCCAGAACGGGGAAUUUUUUGAUAGCCUUGAAAGGUCUAGGUGGCAGCCUAUAGAUUUUCAAUCCAAUCAUUUUAUCUCCUUAGAAUUUUAAUACCCUUAUAUCGUUAAUAUUUUAAAUUGUUUAUAUAAUAUAUAUUUUACCUUAAUUGGUAAUCAUUAUCUGUUACCUUUAAUUAUAAAUUUUGUGUUGGAUUAUUAAUUCAUGCAUAAUAAUGUUUUUUUUAAACAUUUUGUAUAAUCGAAAUCUUGAACAUAAUUUCUAUUAAUACUAAGCUGAUGUUAUUAUAUUUGCUUAUCAAAACAUAAUUUAGGCUGUAUUGCACUCCUUUCAUUAAUUUAAAAUGGGAAUUUAUUAUCAAAAUAUAAUUUAAUUUAUAAAUACGU